AUGUACAGUCAGGCCGCGGGACCAAGCGGACUGGGAUUUUGGGACCACCGAAGGCUCUCCUCUUCGGGACCAACUGUGGGGGGGAGGGGAGCGGAGGGUGGGGGGCACCCGCGGCACCACCGCCAGUUCGCCCUGGCACCUCGCCGCGGUCACAGAUGGGGUUUUCCGCCGAGUGUUCUUAGUUCACUGUCGUCUGUCUGUUGUACGUCUGUCUGCCGGUUAGCAAGGAAUAUGAUCAUAUCCAAGGACCUCUUCCUCCUCGGGGAUCAGGACUACCUCCGCCUUCCCAAGGACGAGAAGAGGGCGAUGGCUAGGCCGACAACCACCAAGAACCUCAGGUCAGUGCCUCAUCUUUGUCUGCAUCCUCACUAG